AUGGGUAAUGUACCACCUCGUCAUUCGAAAUCAUAUCGUGAUGGACUUAAUAAUCAUCUUUCAUUAUCAAUGUCAACUGCACCAGCAACAUCAACAACAACACCAAAUCGUUCAUCAUGGAAAAAACAACUACAAAUAAUAAAUGAUACAUUAAAUAUCAAAAAAUUUUCUCUUCGACAUGGACAUGGAAGACAUAAACGUUAUAGAACAAAUAUCGAUGAAAAUAAUCAUCAUAAAUUACCGACAUCAGUAACAACACAAAAUUUUCAUGAUUUAAUGAAAAAUAAUUCUGAAAAAUCUAUUAAAGAUGAACAUAUUGAUAAUAGAUUGCAACAUGAAAAUCAUUUUACAAAAUCAUUUAGUCUUUUUUCAAUUAAACAACCAUUGACUGAUUCAACAAAUAAAGACAUUAUGACAAAAUCAAUUAAUAAUAUAAUUAAAGAAAAAGAAGACAUACAACAACAACAACAACAGCAACAUUCAUCAUUGAACAGUAUAACAAAAAAUUCAAAUAAUAUUAUUUCUCACAAACAACAGCAAGAUAAAUUCUCUAUGAAAGAAAAUCAAACAGCAGAUGUUUGUAAUCAACAUAAACGGCGACAUAAAUUUGAAAUGACAACAGUUUCAAAUUCACUUGUUAAUAAACGUCAUUCUACAUUUGUUGCACCAUUAUAUCAUUUACCAAAAUCUCAAUCACAAUAUUAUCAUCAACAAAAUCGUACUCAAUUGUCUUCCUAUACAAGAAUAAAUAAUAAUCUAUCAUCUAGUACAAAAAAUAUUCGCACAAUAGAAAAACAUACAUCACGUAAAACAAUAAUUCAAGCAUCAACAAGUGAAUUAUUACGAUGUUUAGGUGAAUAUUUAUGUUCAUGUUGUUCACAUUUAUUACCAAUACUCGAUCCAUUGGAUUGUAUUUUAUGGAUAAAAAGUGCUGAUCGUCAAUUAAUCUUACAAGGUUGGCAAGAACAAGUAUUUGUAAAUCCAGCUAAUAUUGUUUUUGUUUAUUUACUUGUACGUGAAACAUUAACAUAUGUUAUACCAUCAAUAACAAUUAAAACAGUUACUGAAUUACAUGCAAUUAUAUUAACAUGUUUAUAUUUAGCAUUUAGUUAUAUGGGAAAUGAAAUAACAUAUCCAUUGAAACCAUUUGUAACUGAUGAUGAAACACGUGAUGUAUUUUGGCAACGUGUUGUUUCAAUUAUGGGACAAUUAAGUUCUAAAAUGUUAGCAAUUAAUCAAAAUCCGAAAUUUUUUACUGAAUGUUUUUCUGAAUUAAAAACUUAUAAUCUAGUCCGUUAA